AUGGCGGGCGCGAUGGGGAGGGUGUUGUGUUGCUUUUGCAUUCGCAGCCUCGGCGAACGCCCUGAUUCCUGCAGGGGUUACGCACCAGCGAGUGGCAAGUUACCCAGCCGCGACGGCUUGCUACACAGGGGCGAUAAGAAGCCGGGCACGGCAACCAAGAGAUUGUUCAGCACUCACCCCGAUUCUUCAGCUAGCAGCCUCGGUGCGCGUGACUGGCGGCUACAAUUCCAGCAUCGCUUGUCUCUCUUCAGCGCCGCUACGAAUUGGGACGAACACACGGAAGACACGGAAGACAUGGACCGUUCGUUCAUGACCUGGAGUAAGCCACUCCCUUACCUGCGCCACUCCCCGUCCUCAACCCCGAAAAUCCCCGUACCGUACCAGGCCCUUCCUACCCAACAACAACCCAAAACGCACUGCUCCUGCACGAGCAGCAGCCGGCAUCUUCCGACCGACAUUGCCCUGCUCAAAGCGCGAGAGCGAACGUCGAGGAGCACUUAAGCACAGCACCACAAGUGCAGCAGAAUCGCUAGCGAAAGGAAUUCAGCUGCUUCGAGCCCAUUCUCCCG